AACAAUCUGGACACGGCGUUCGAUGCUGGAGGGACCGUGAACGCCGGACUGACUGCUACAACGAUCGUCUCCCAGUGGACGUGGGCCGCUACACUGCUGCAGUCGUCCACAGUCGCCAGUAAAUACGGCAUCAGUGGACCCUUCUGGUACGCGGCAGGCGCCACAAUCCAGAUCCUGUUGUUUGCAACCCUGUCUGUGCAGCUGAAGAUUCGGGCGCCUGGAGCCAAGACCUUCCUUCAGUUGAUCAGGGCGCGCUUUGGAGUGAGGACUCACAAGGUGUUUUGUGCCUUCGCUCUCACCACAAACAUCAUCGUCACAGCCAUGCUUAUGCUAGGUGGCGCUGCCGUCAUCACGAGCCUGGUCAAGGACAUCAGUCUGGAGUACGCAACAACCCUGGUGGCCAUCACUAUCGGCAGCUACACCUUUAUCGGAGGGCUCGGGGCGACGUUCUACGUCAGCUACUUCAACACCGCCAUCAUCUACAUCGUUAUGAUCGUCUUCCUUCUUAAGGUGUACGGGGAUGACUCUCCCGACAACCCACUCGGGUCAGCCCAGAAGGUGUACACCCUGUUGUCCUGUAGUACUGGCGGUCCCGAGGGGAACACGGACAGGAGCUACCUGACCCUCAUCUCCAACUCUGGACUCAUGUUCGGCCUCAUCAACAUCGUCGGUAACUUCGGCACCGUGUUCGUGGACCAGUCCUACUGGCAGAGCAGUGUGGCUGCUAAACCCAAGCAAGGCGUGGUUGGAUUUCUAUGCGGUGGUCUGGCCUGGUUUGCCGUGCCCUUCUCCCUAGCUACAACCAUGGGCCUCGCCUACAUCGCCCUCAGCACUCACCAAGGGGCACCACUGCUCAGCUCGGAUGAAGUGAACGCUGGUCUCGUGCCUCCAGUUGUUGCCCAGAAGCUGUUCGGACGCAAAGGGGAGAUCUUGAUGUUGCUGAUGGUGCUGAUGGCCAUCACGUCCACAGGGUCGUCCGAGGUCAUGGCGGUCACUUCAAUCAUGGUGUACGACAUAUACGGACUGUAUCUCAAGCCCUACAGACUGAUGACAGACACCAACAGCUGCAUCUUGUGCGGGAAGGGGCGUGGUCGGAUGGCGAACCCCAGGGACAAGUGCGUGUGUGAGAGCAUGACGUACUGCUCAGCAUGUCACAGUGACGACAAAGCCCGGGAGCUGUGUCGGCGCGCCAUCAAACCGGAGUACAAGUGCACUGUGCACGGAUCCUAUCGGGUGUACAACGACCUGCUGCUCCGUCUCAAGAGUUGGUGUCUCGUGUGGACAACGUUCAGCAUCCUGCCUCUAACAGUCAUCCUGUCACUCAUGCAGCUUAGCUUGGGCUGGGUCUACCUGUUCAUGGGGAUUCUGAUUGGUUCUGCCGUAAUUCCAAUCACGUUAUCCAUGUUCUGGGAGCGCCUGACACCAGUCGCUAUGAUGGCUGGGAGCAUUGGAGGAGCAGUAAUGGCUAUCAUUGUCUGGUUAAGCGUUGCCUCAACCUACCCUGGGGGCCUCGGGGAAUUCUUGCUCAAUACAGGGAAGGAGUUGUCGAUGUUGUGUGGCAACCUGACCGCUAUCUUGUCAGGGGGCAUAAUCACAGUAGUGGUCAGCCUCGUCACCAAUCGCAGCCAAGAUCCCAGUACAGCGCGCGAGAUCUGGGAGCAGACACGAGACGUUGACAACCCUCUAAGCCCCUGGACGGAGAAAUACUCAACUGAUCUCAACCUGACCGGCGCUCACCAACUUGACAACCGUCCAUCGCUGCAGGAGGUGGAGAAGACGUUCAAGAUGGCGAAGUACUUCGCCAACAUUGGCUCCGCGGUGUUCGCUCUUCUCUUGGUGGUUGUGUGGCCAUGUAUCAUGAUAGCUGUCGACAUCAUGUCAUAUGACCAGUUCUUCGGCUGGGCCAUGUUGUCGGAGGUGUGGGCGUUUGCCGCCAUGAUCCUUAUCAUCGUUUUCCCCGCCGUCAACGAAGCCUACGACAUCUACAACGCUUUCCACAAGAAACAGAAGGUUGUCCCCGUCUCCAACUACGGGAAAACAUCAACAAGCCUCCAACAUGCCAUCGUCAAACCAGAAACACGACACUUGCCCAAACUCAGCACGAUAUCUAACGGAAAGGACCAUGACGACGUUAUGGCAGAUGCACCAGCCACAGAAACUAAUGGUCACGUGGGGGCUGAGGAUGGACCAAUGGAACACGCGGUGGAUGGAGACAUGGACUCAUCCAAUCCUCGCUAUCCAAUGUUUUGAUUUUCUGAGAGCUUCAUUCGUAAAAUAUUUUGUACAAAGUCAUGCCCCCAAACGAACUCUAAGUUUAUGGUGACCAUAUAAUCCAUCUGGAGGCAGAUAAAAGGCUGGCUAUGUGUGUUUGUAAACAAGUCGAUGGCCUCCGCAUGGAGACGGAAUGAUUUUUGUGUGUGUAUAUAUGUGAGUGCGUUUAGUUUUACGCCGCACUCAGCUGUGUGUAUAUAGAGGAGAAUAAGGUAGAAUGGUGUACCUGAUUCGUCUCUCACAAUUGUUAAAAGGGCAUAUCAAAGGCAUGCCUGAACCUUCUCCCACAAGAUAAUACAAGGGCAUGCCUGGACCUUCUCUCACAAGAUAAUACAAGGGCAUGCCUGGACCUUCUCUCACAAGAUAAUACAAGGGCAUGCCUGGACCUUCUCACACAAGAUAAUACAAGGGCAUGCCUGGACCUUCUCUCACAAGAUAAUACAAGGGCAUGCCUGGACCUUCUCUCACAAGAUAAUACAAGGGCAUGCCUGGACCUUCUCUCACAAGAUAAUACA